ACAACUUUUGUGGUAUCUCAGGCUCACCUCGUCAUAAUAUAAAGAGCCAGGGAUCCUUUGGAAGGAAAAUUCAAUCUUGUGAAAUCUUUUGGGUCUUUUAAGCUGACAAAAUCUUUGUAUUUCAAUAUGGGUGUUUGCAUUUCUUCACAGUCCAAUGAAUCCCAACCCACUGCAAAUCUGAUACUGAUGGAUGGAAGAAUCGAGGUAUUUUCUGAGCCUCUUAAAUGUAAGGAGAUUCUGCAACAAUAUCCAGGCCACUUUAUCUGCAGUUCAGAUGGGCUUUAUAUAGGAAGAAAGAUUUGUGAUGUUCUUGAAGAAGAUGAUCAGCUGCAAGUUGGGCAGCUCUAUUUUCUUCUUCCAAUCCAGAAAUUGGAGUAUGUGCUCACAGACUCAGACAUGGCUGCUCUGCUCUUGAAGGCCAGUUCUGCACUUCAACAAAGGAGAAGCAGGAGCAAAAAAGUGCAGCAUUUGUUUGAUGUUCAUUUGGAUUUGAAGGAGGAAAACCAGGAAUUGUCAUGGGCAGAGGAGUCAUGGAGGAUCAGUUUAUGUUUGACUUCCCAGAUCUCUGUUUUGGCUACCUCAAGGGGGUGUAAAAACCAGUGGCAUUCUAAAUUGGAAACGAUUAUGGAGGGUUUGUGAAAUUGCAAUUCCAAGAUUGUCAUCAUCCAUGUAUAGCGAAGAUUAUAUUUGGUGGUCUAGAUCUACAUUGUAUUCAAAGCAAGGAUU